CUACACCGUAUCUUAAACGGACGGAAUGGUUAACAUUCCGGCAAACUGAUUCUGCCAUCAGUUGUUGUGCAAGCGUGUACGAGUACGGUACCCCGUACGCGCAUACGGCAGCGGCAUUUUGGCGUAAAAAUCCACAAAGACCAAUUUAUAGUUUCCCAAAGAUUUAUUCUGAAGACUGCGGUUUCAAAAAACAAUAAUUGUUUAUCACGCGCAGACAUUGACAACCCUGAGAGUGUUCCGCUUGGCGAGGAAAGAACAGCUAAAAGUGAACCUCAAAAGUCAAGGAAAACGUCCAAAUGAUGAAAGAAUUCAGAGCAAGGCUAAGCAAAUCGCAGUAGUGGCGGUGCAAACGAUCAGCAAUGUCGGGUGACGGCAGCGUGGAGACAACUACGCGGCACCUUAAAGUGUGUUCCGGUUCCGGAGAAGGUAGCAGACAGCAGCAGCAGCAACAGCAGCAACAGCAGCAACAGCAGAAGCGGCAGAAGCGAUUAUCGACUGGGACAACGCCCAAGAAGCCGAGCAAAGCUGGCAACAAUCUUGGCCUAAUGACAGCUGGCAACAGCAGAGCAAGCGGAAGCGGAAGCGGAAGUGGGAUUGGAGCUGCAAGCAUCCAAUCGUCCUCAAAGGUGGGCACCAUGACGACAGUAACAGCGACGCCAGGCAAAGCCACGCUCAGUCACGUCCAUAGCCAUAGCCAUAGCCAUGGACAUGGCCGGGGGCAUGGGCAUGGGCAUGGACGGGGCGGCAGAAGUGGUCGGGGCGGUGCUGUAACUGGCGCAGGAGCCGGUGGUGGACCGAGGACAGCUGGUCAGUGCAACGUAGACGGAUUCGCGGGCGGAAUUGAGACAUACCUGGGCCUCAUCGGAUGGCGCAAAAAGUGCCUGUACACGCUGUUGCUGCUGCUGAUGCUGCUCAUUGUCACAAAUCUGGUGCUCACCCUCUGGAUAAUCAAAGUGAUGCAGUUCUCUUUGGAGGGCAUGGGACAACUGAAAAUCUUACCCGGUGGCAUACAGCUGUCGGGAACAGCGAUAAUUAUGGACAUGCUACGAACAUCAACAAUCCGUUCGAGGCCUGGCCAUCCCAUAUCCAUAGAAUCAUCACGUAAUUUUUCAAUCAAUACACGUGACGCGAAUGGUAUGAUUGAGAAUCAUUUAUUUCUGGGACACGAUAAGUUCGAGUGCCUGGCGGCGACAUUUCGCAUCAACGAUACGAAUGGACGAAACCUAUUUUCCGUAAAUCGAAAAGAAGUCACAGUCGGUGCGCACUCACUGCGGAUCGACGGUGAGGGUGGCGCCGUCUUCAGGGCCUCUGUGCAGACGCCACAUGUGCGUGCCGAGCCGGGACGGGAGCUAAGACUUGAGUCACCCACGCGUCAAUUGAAGAUGGCAGCAGCCAAGGACAUCAAUUUGCAGUCGCGUGCCGGGGCUAUUGAUCUCGUGGCCCUGAAUGAUGUGAAGUUGCGAUCCCUGGACGGAAGCGUGCGACUGGAGUCAUCCAAAAUCCUCAUGCCCAAUCUGCGCACGGCCCAACCACCCAUAAUGGGUUCUGCCCAGAGUCGAGAGCAUAUGCAUCGCGUCUUCCAGCUCUGUGCCUGCUCCAAUGGCAAGCUCUUUCUGGCUGCCCCGCACUCGAUAUGCGCCGGGGAUGAUUCCACUGUUUGCAGGUGAUCUCACAGCAACAAACGCUGGCCAUCGGCAACCAAUACCGAUGGCGAAACUUAACCAGAGAGCGGAAAAUCGGAGCGGAAAAAUACGGAAAACCACAGGCAUAUGUAUAUCAAAUAUUUGCUAAUGCUAACUGAAAACUAACUGAUACUGAAGUGAAGUGAAGUAUAUAUAUAUUUAUUGGAAAAAUCCUAGAGAACAUACAAUACAUACGAUCCUGCAUUCAUAAUCGUUCAUACCAACUAAACAUAGUAUUGAACCUGUAUUCGAAGAACAAAAUCAAGAGCUUCUUAGACACUUGGAUGUUGUGUACUAGUAUAUAAAACAGCAAAUUCAGAGACACAGGCAUAUCCUACAUACUUAUCCAAUGCAUAUGCAUAAACAUAUACAUAUAAAUAUAUUGAAGUAACUAUUACGGCGGUAAAUAUACAAGAAAUAUAAUAGGUAGAACAUAUGCACUCAAGACCCAUCCCAUCAGAGUCAUCAGAUCUAGUAAGGAAUAUGAUAGAACUGUAUUUAUGUAUGUGUAGUAGAUGUGAAUGUCGACGAAGGUUAGAAGCCUCUAGAAAUCCAAAAGUCCAAGCCCCGCAAGCCCCCAUACCGCCCAUUAAUCAACACGAUCAGUGUAAAUGUGCUUUUCCCCUGUAAAUGUGUGCCUACCUAACUCUGGUGUAAGUCGUCGUAGUCAAAGGAUCCGUCGUGUUAAUUAGAUUAUGGGUCCUAGACCGUUGCGACCAUUACCAGAUACAUAUAUCUCGGAAUAUCCGCUUCACUUUGUUGGUUUGUACAGAUCCAUUGCGAGAAACGUAAGCCUAUCCUUUCCCUUGCAUUUAGCCCUAAAGAUGUGUACAUAGAACUCUGUCCAACUGUCCUACUUUUCUUUCGUGGCAAUUUCUUUCUAAGCAGAUCGUAAUUGGAGACAUUCAAGUAGCUAACACCACGACUAACAACGACUAAGAACUAAGAAUAUGUAUGUUUUUAUGGCAACUAUCCGUGAAAUGAAUAAUCCAAGACAACCACAACUGGCAUUAACACACAAUACGAAGACAAUGAAAUAUCAUCCAAUGAAUCGCAAGAGCUAUAUUAUAUCUAUACAUGUGUAUGAAAUAUUAAUGAUACGAUCACGAAUAUACAGAAUAUACAUAUACGUAUGAGUAUCGCGAUAUGAAUAUGAAGAAUAAAUCUGGGUUUGAAUAUGAACAUGAAAUAUAUAUAGAUAAACUGAAUAUGAAUAUGAAUAUGAACAGAGUUGAAAUAUGAAAUUGCCGUUGAAUUUUUCAAGUGUAAGACUACACUGAUAUACUGAUAAAUAUAUAUAUAAUAGAUAUAUGAUACAAAUAAAUGUGUAUGGCAUGCUUUUAGAAAGGCGUUAAAUUUAAUUUGUUGUUAUAUUUUUUUUUAGCACGAUUAUGAAACGUAAUGUUUAUAUAUACAAUACUUAUAGAGAAAUGAUAAGUUAGAUAAUAUAAGGGAAAAAACAUGAAUAUAAUACCAUAUAUAGUAUUGUAACACUGCAAGAUACUUAAAGAGAAAUAUAU